UGUGUGUGAAACGCGAACGACGUCGGAAGCUCCCACGCGGCAAAUACGACGACAACAAAAAAAUUGUGUGUGACAAGCUCUCGCUGUGUUUGUAUGUGUGUGCGUAGCUUCUUCAAGUGUAUGCGUAUGCGUGUGUGUAGUAGAAGAAUAAUAAUACUGACUGACUGACCGCCUUCUCUAGUUGCUGUGUUUUGUAUUUUGCAGCCAUUUAGUAAUUGCUACGUUACGUGGCUGCAACGUUGCCGUUGUUGUUUGUGUUGUGCGUUUCAUUAAUUAACUAACAAUAUUUUGGUGAGAGCUGCUCAAGUCACACACGCACACAACGACAGAGAUAACUAGAACUUCAGUUCGAAAUUGGCAACAACACAAAUCACACAAGCAAAAUUCUAUGUGCAAAAAAAUUACAAAAAAGUAGAAAAGGGAAACUCAAAAACAAAAUCAAUAAUUGGCCGUGCGUACAUGUAUGUGUGUGUGUGUCAAAGUGUAUUAGUGUAUGUGUUAGUGAAGAAUUUGGAGCAAAUGCCAUGCUGAUUAAGCAAUAAAAUCCAAGAACACUACAACAACAAUAACAACGAACGAUAAGCGAAACUUCGAAACGACAAAAUGCAGCAGCAACUACAACAACAACAACAAUCUGGAGUGGCUACGCCAAGCAGCGGCAGCCAUACGCCCGUCAACAACGCUGGUAGCUCAGUCACCGCUGCCGCCGUCGGCGUCUCUGCCGGCAGCAGCAGCAGCACGCCUAUUCGCAUUGGCAGCGCCAAACAUGCAGGCGGCGGCGAUUCAUUAAUUCCACCAUUGUCCAACACUGGCGCCGCCGCUUCCUCACACUCUGUGCCCGGGACGCCGCAGCAGCAGCCGCAGUCACAGAGCAGCAGCGUACCAACGGCAACGGGAAGCCAUCUGCAGCUGCAGAACGCUGGCGUUCUCUCGAUGGCCGCCUCGAAUCAAUCGCUUGCCGCCGGCAGCAGCAGCAUCAGUGGCAUCAAUAUAACGCCACCAAAUAGCGCUGGUCUGCGACAGUCCUCAGUAUUCGAUUUCAAAUUCAAGCGUCGACCCUCGCAAAAAGUGCUCUUAACCAAACUGCCCUCCACAGACAGUUUGAGCAACAGCCCAGCGCCAUCAUCGCCAGGAAUCGCCAAUUGGGCCUCAGAUAAUCGCGAUGGCAAUCUGGCAGAUAAGUCUGCGGCAGAUGCGGCCAAGCUCAAUCGCAAGGAAUCCUACAAGGCGCAGCGAAAGAAUUACAGACGCGAAAAGAAACGCGUGGCCAGCGAGCUGAUGAACUCACUCCAGGAUCCAGCGGUCAUAGUGCUGGCUGAUUGGUUAAAGGUUCGCGGUACACUCAAGUCCUGGACGAAGCUGUGGUGUGUGCUGAAGCCUGGCUUGCUGCUCAUUUACAAGAGCCAGAAGACUAAGAGCAGCCACUGGGUGGGCACAGUGAUGUUGACCUCGUGUCAGGUCAUCGAACGUCCCAGCAAAAAGGAUGGCUUCUGUUUCAAGCUCUUCCAUCCGCUCGAACAAUCGAUUUGGGCGCCACGUGGCCCCGACAAGGAGACCAUAGGUGCUGUGGUGCAACCGCUGCCAACUGCUUAUCUCAUCUUUCGAGCGCCCAGCCAAGCGGCUGGCAAAUGCUGGAUGGAUGCCUUGGAGCUCUCGUUGCGCUGCUCGGCGCUGCUGUUGCGUUCGAAUAGCAGCACGACACCAUCGAGUGCCUAUGCCGGCGAGCCGUUGCCUGUGUCCCAUGAGACGCAAUGGUCGGAGGCUGACUACGAGAAGCAUUUCAAUGAGCACGGUAAGUGGAUGCAACAAUGGUUGGUGGCACCUGCAACCUGCGAGGCAGCACAGGAGUCUUCGCGCUCCGAUAAUAGCAUCUCGUCGCGUGCCCAGACGCCACAGCUGCUGCAGCAGCUCUACAGCAGUGCGGUCAAUAAUUGGGAGCGCACCAAGCGUUUGCCUCGCUUCGGUCAACGUGUGGAGCGUGUUGGAACGCCACGUGGCAGCGAUGUCUCGAGUCUGUCACAGUUUCAGCAUCAUCACCAUCAUCAUCAGCGACGACGUCUGAGUCCGAUUAGCAAGUCACUAACGCUGGGCAACAGCAGCAGCAGCUCCAGUGAUGAGGCUGACGACGAUGAUUAUGCCAGCAGCAGUGUUUCAAUGGCCUUGCCACGCCCAGUCAGUGCGCCGCCUGUUUGUCUGAUGCGUCCGCGUUUCCAAAUCAAUGUCAAGGAUCUGGACGCUGACAGUCAAACUGAGGCGCCCAAUGCGGCAAUGUCGGGACUGGACACCGAUUCGGAGUCGGAGCAGGCACCGGACGACGAUGGUGUGUGUCCCCUGCAGUGCGAGGAAACGCCUUACGUUCCCUACGAGGAGGAGGAGUUUGGUGCGCAAGGCGAGCAGGUGGAGGAGCUGGCCGAUGAGAACAAGAGUCUCAUCUGGUGCAUUGUGAAGCAGGUGCGUCCCGGCAUGGAUCUAAGCAAGGUGGUGCUGCCCACUUUUAUACUCGAACCGCGCUCCUUUCUGGACAAGCUCUCCGACACUUAUUACCACGCUGAUUUGCUCUCCAAAGCGGUGCGUGAUGAUGAUGCCUUCAAUCGCAUGAAGCUGAUUGUGCAAUGGUACCUGUCUGGAUUCUAUAAGAAGCCCAAGGGCCUCAAGAAACCCUACAAUCCCAUAUUGGGCGAAACAUUUCGUUGCUAUUGGGAGCAUCCCAAUGGCAGUCGCACCUUUUACAUCGCCGAACAGGUGUCGCAUCAUCCGCCUGUGUCGGCAUUCUAUGUGACAAAUCGCGAGGAUGGCUUCAGCAUUACGUGCUCCAUCUUGGCGAAAUCGAAGUUCUAUGGCAAUAGCACAUCGGCCGUACUGGAGGGCACGGCAACGAUGACUCUACUGCCCCGCAACGAAAUGUAUACGGCGAGCACACCAUACGCCCACUGCAAGGGCAUUCUGAUGGGCACAUUGUCCAUGGAGCUCGGCGGCAAGAUAAACAUCGAGUGCGAGAACACCGGUUACAAGACGGAGCUCGAGUUCAAGCUGAAGCCAUUCCUCGGCGGCUCCGAGGCCACCAACGUUGUUGUCGGUAAAAUCAAAUUUGGCAAAGAGACGCUCGCCACCAUCCAGGGGCAUUGGGACAAGGAGUGUCGCAUCAAGGAUUUGCGCACAGGCGACGAAACGGUGCUCUUCAAGGCGGACAACGAAAUGCGUGCCAAGCGACUCACACGGCAUCUGGUGCCCAUGGACAAACAACUGCCCACAGAGUCGGCACGCUUGUGGCAUCUGGUCUCAGAGGCUAUAGCAAACGAGGAUCAAGUGGCGGCCACAAAUGAGAAAACAGUGCUCGAAGAAGCGCAACGUGCGGCGGCCAAAGAGCGUGCAGAGAACGAUAAGCAGCAUCAACCGGCGCUCUUUGAGCUGGACAGCUAUGGGCAAUGGGUGUACAAGUAUGCGGAUUUACGGCCAUGGAAUCCACGCAACGAUGUGCGACAAUACGAAUGCGAUUACAAGGUGCUCACCCAGACACGAGUGAGCGAGACGACGGCCGAUGAGGAGCCCAUUAUACGCACGCGUCAGCCAAUGGCAACCAAGGUGGCCAAGGCCAAGAACAAGACGUUGGUGCUGGGGCCACGCGAUACCAACUCGGAUUCAAGUCAGUCGCCGCAGGGUGCAAAGAGAGGCUCCAAUAGCUCUGUGAAAAAUCUCGCUUUGGCUUUGGAGCAGGUGAAUCAAUCGCUGGAGAAUCACACGCGGCAGCUGAAUGACAUUUCGCGACGCUUGGAACGCAUGCAGUAUCAGCCAUCCAACAGCAGAUCGAUGUACUCCCACGAUCAUGGCAUCGUCGGUGGCGGGAUUUCGCAAUCGAUUGUGGUCAAGUCAUUGAUUUAUGCAUUAAUUGGGCUAACAUUCAGCCUGAUAUUGCGCUGGCUGUUCAAAUAGUUUUUCGGUUUAUAUUUUUAUACAUUUAAGUAAACUUUUGAGCUAUA